CACUAAGCUUCAAUUUGUAAUCUGAUACAACCAUUACUGGAUUGUUAUGAUUUAUUGUAAAUUUCACUUUUUAUUCAAUGGGCCUCAGGAGGAAUAGCCACUACGUUGGCUAAUGGGGAUCUAAAUAAUCAAUAAACAAUGACUGAACCCCCUGAAGACCCCUUGGUGCUUUUGGAGAUCCUGGAAGUGUUAGGUGCAUGCCGUGGGAGUGUGACAUAUGCGGACAUUUGCGUCUAUCUGAGUGGUCAUUUCAGCCUGCAGCCACUUUUAGAUUUACGGAGUCUCCUAUACUCCACUGCCUGUAGAGACCCCUGUUUCCCUGCCACGCUCUUCAGAGAGCGACUUCAUCCACCCUGCAGCAACCGGCUCUCAGCCGCUGCCGAUGUUGUUUCCCUGUUCAACCUACUCAUGCACACCCGCAUGGGUCCUUCAUACACACACAACGUUCAAUCACUGACGCCCUGUCAGGUUUGUGGUAAGGGAUUUGUGCGUUACGAAUGGCCGGCCGCCUUACCCGUCACAGGAGGAGGCACCGCCUCUGAGGAAUGCAAAUAUGAGAACCUCCCUUAUCAAGCGUUCAGUCAUAACACUGAGGCUUCACACGCUCCCACCACCUCCGCCUUGGUUGCUCAGCCUCACACACACAUGCACAACCAAGUCAGCAUGCAGAAGGUGCUUUCUGGAGACGCUUCCAGCGAGGCGGUCAAUCAAGAGGCAGGCAAGACUCCGGUGACCAAUCAGGGAGACCGCGUCGCUCGUUCCUGCUCUCAGAAGAGGAGUGCCUUUAAAGAAGGGUUCCACAGCAUCCCACUUAUAUCCUCGGACGGUGAAACCGAUCAAAGCCCUGACGGACCAAGAUCGGAGGGUGAGGACUUGAUUUACGCUACCCAAAAAAACCCAUAUCCAGACCCUGCAAUUUACGCAAGUGACUCCCACACAUGCACCCCGGCAUCCCACGUGCAGUGUCUGCAUGAUCAUUCGUAUGCUCAUUCUAAUGCACCUGAAGCAGAUGCGCAUGCGCAGCUUUACACUGACAGCGCAAAUCCGUAUGACCCUCAGACUCAAUGGCGCCAGGCGAAGCACGAGAGUUUGGAUGAACUCCAGACAUCCACCUACUUCGGCCCAACAGUUUCCAACCAAAAGAACCAAACCCCUGUCCUUCAAGUCAAAAGCCACAGCUUGGACAUCGAUAGCAGGACGGCGGAUGAAAGACCUGAGCCUGAAACGACUGGCCUCCAGAAACCCAGAUCAGAGAGGUCUGUCCUAGAGAAGUCUGGAUUGCGGAGACCGGGAUCUGUUAAAAUAAGUUUCGACGGAUCAAGCUUCGACAUUCCCGCAUUUGAUCCUUGCAUCGUCAACUCAGUGAGAGAUACCUUUAAGCGGCUGAGUGGGAUGAGUUUAGAUGCGUGGUAUGAUUGGUCGCCGAGCAGUGAUUGUGUGGUUAGCGUGGGCACCCAGACGGAACCUGCAGAUCGGCGGGCUUUACGAAGUCUUAUGCUUGGCGAUAAACUCUCCAUCGACAACCCUGACAUCGCUGAGGACGAUAUCAGCGCCAUCUUCCGCUUCCUAGACGACAUUAGCAUGUGUGGCUCCAUGGCAGUGCUGCCCGGAGAAGGGUGUGGAGCUCCUGAAGGGGGCGGGGCUGGCUUGCCUGAGAGGCGUGAACGUUUGGGAAAGUUACGGAGGUUGUUUCACUCCAUGGAGGCACCUGAAGAGGGUGUGAGAUGGGGUGUGGGACGCCUCCUUCAACGUGUCGCUGAAUUGGAGCAACAGCUAGAGCCGAUCUCAGAAUUACGUGAGCAGUUGGCCCUUGUGCUCUCCACUCUGGACCGAUUGGAACAGCGGGAGCAGGCCGCAUGCCCGCAUGUGCAACAAAUCCACGUACAACCACAACUCACACCACGGCCUACCAUACAGCAACCACAGGGGUCCCCAAGAGUCAAUCCAGGAACGAUGGAGGGCAUCAAUGAGGCAGCUGCGAAACGCAGACGUCUGUUUGUACGCAGGACCUCCAGGAGCCACACGGAGAGCAGCGGGUCUGAAGCUCACAGAGAGUGGAGCAUCAGCUUCAGCAAAGAGCCACACAUACAGGCUAUUAAGUCUGAUAAUUUAGGUGGAGUGCAUAAAAAAGAAGGCUCCAUAGUGCAGGAAGUGAUGGGUUUUCACCUCAUGCCACCUGAGAUCCACAAUGCAUCACGCCGCACCUCUAUCCAGAGCACCACUCAGCAUCUGACCGACCGGCCCAAAGUGACCUGGAGCCAGUCUGAUUUAACACCCCUCGACCUUCAGGCCCCUGAGUCUUUGGAGUUCUGGACAGAUGAGAUUUACACGCCGGCCUCCGACACUCUUCUUCGGCGUUCGCAUUCGUACACCCGUUGCAACAGGAACCAGGCGUACCGCAUCGCGGCCCUCAGCAUCACUGCCACCAUCAUCCUCAUCCUCAUCAUCGUCAUUCCAGUCAGCACCGUGUAACGUACAUGCCUGAGGCUACUUUGAAUGGUACAUGUUUGUUAGAUUAUAUUAUAAAGGUUUUACUGAACGCAUGAUUUCUUCAUGAGCCCGACUCAGCAAGCAUGGCAGCCUGUCCCAAUCUAUAAGCUAUGCAAAAUAGACUUCCUUGAACUUUCCAUGGGCCUUCAUGGAGUUGAAGGUCCAAAACCUUUAGUUUUGUUUCUGAAUUGAAGCAGGUACUGAGUUAAACGCUUAUUCUGCAGUUUACAGAUUCAGGACGUUCCGGUAUAUCCUCUUUGUUGAUGGAUAUUGGGGAUUUCCCAUUAGUGUAAUGUAAUUCUCCUGAAACAUGAAACGGCAUCCUCUUGCUCACACAGCGGCAGGCGUAUCUCUGUCUCUCCCACACCUCUGCUCUCUCUCACUCAAGUUAGGAAAUUCCACUCAUAAUGCCAGAAAACAUGACACAUUUGUUCACUUUUCCCUAAAUGUGGAAGAUGUGCUGUGGUGUGAGCGAUAUUGUUGCUAUCUCUGUUUUCGCUUGAUGCACAUUCCUCAUUUAAUAAGCUCAGUUUUGAUCACAACCAAAACAGUGCCACAAAACGUAAUAUCCUCCCUCGCAAAAGCUUAAAAGAAAAGGAAAACGGGCCUCCAGAGAUCCAGAAUGGAUGCAUGAUGGUGGGUCGAUACCGGCACACAUUUUCAAUUUGCUGAACAACAGCAUUAAGGUUUUAAUGGGCUGUGAUGGGACUGAGUGAGCGAGUGUGGUCGGGAGGGAGAGACUGAGAGAAAGGGAAUGUUUGGCCUCUUUAAUCGAGCCCGAAGGUUUCUGAGUCCUACUUCUGUCUGCUGCGGCUGAUUAAUGAGUGAAGCUUAUGAUUUGCUAAGAUAAAAGAAUUUCCAAUUGGAAUUAAUUUGACUUUAACUUGCGGUUUAAUAGAUUACAGUUAUAAGUCAUCCUGCAUUAUGCAAUGAAUGAUAUCCCCAAAUCAUGCUUUUACUUGGAUAAAUA